GCAGUGAUGUAGAAACGGGUUUCACAAGUUGUGAUGCUUGAAUAGCUCCUCUGAUGCACUAGAGGUCAUGGGGGAGCUGCAUUACUGCACACAGGAGCUUUAAUAAGCACUGAUCCAGACCAAUAUUUCUCUAACUCACAGGACAUCAUGAUUAGAAUCUACUGCAUCAUUGGGGUUGCACUUUUUGCCUUAGAAAUUCCACUAGUCCAGGCUCUACUCGAAAACGCAGAAGAUUGCUGUAGAAGAACACAGAAAAUGAAUGAAACCUGUGUAAACAGCACACAUUGUGGGUGUCUCCACGUUCUGGAGAACAGCACUGUUUGGUGUGUGCAGUGUGACUCUCUGACUUUAGAUCUGGAGAACUUGACCCUAUGCAACACCACUGUCGACCGGACCUUGAUAUCCACAAAAGUCAAGAUAGGUGGUCCAGGUGUAGCAGCCUCUGUCCUUUUGGGAACUCUGAUGAUCAGUCUCUUCCUCAUUCUCUCUGUUGCCUCCUUCUUCUACCUCAAACGCUCUAACCGUCUGCCUGGCGUCUUCUAUAGACGCAAAGCUUUCAUAUUUCAACCAAGUGAAACGGCUGUUAUGAUGCCUGCUGCGUCAUCCUCAGUGCGCAAACCAAGAUAUGUCCGGAGAGAACGGCCUUCAGCAGCUGCAGCAGUGGGCAGUAGUGCCACCAUGCCAGUGGGACAUGUAACAAAGGUGUAUAAUGUAACCGUCCAAUAGAACUAAGCUACAGAGAGGAAGAGGCAACACCAUUUACUGGGAGUAAUGUUUACUUUUUUGUAUUUUACCUUAGUAUGGGUUUUUUUGUUUGUUUGUUUGGUUUUAUAUGUACUCUCUUUGUACACAGAAUCUCAUGUUUCUUUGUUUGCACAGAAACUUUUUUUUCCCUCCAAUUCUUAUUUUCCGUUUCUUAACAGGCUCCAGUGCAUUUAUGAGAAUAUUUUUUAUUUUUGAAAUCGCAUUUCUAGUUAUUUUAUUAAAAUUUGUAAUAGCUUAAAUGUAACCCCUUUUUAACGGGUGCUAAUCACCCAGCACAGUACACUACAGACUAUUAAAAAGUUACAAUAAAUAAUGGCGCAACAGGAUCCUAAGUUCUCAGUGGUGGAGUGGUGAGCUGGCUGAGAUUCCUGAUACGUGACGGUACAAGUAUGAGUAUAGAGAGAGAAUAAUAAUCAUAAAGCUAAUGAAUGAUAAAUUUAAUAGUGCGGUGCCUCCACUGCAAAAAUACUACCCUUACCUUUGAAGCUAGUGUAUGGUGUAUUUCCUCAGAAUUUAAAAUAACCAGUAGUUUGAGUGAAAGAGCUAAUAGCUAGUCUACAGUGUGCAUGUCAGAAUGUUCAAAUAUAAAGAACCAAAUGAGCAGCCAAUACACCCAAGAUAUAAUUAAAUAAUAAUAUUUAUUAAUAAGCAAUAAUAGCAAUAGGAGAUAUUAUUUGAUAAUAAAUGCUUCCCGAAGAAGCAUGCAAUGUAAUCACUAAUAUGAAUAAAAUGGUAACCCCUGCACAAGAAGAGCGGAAACAAUUAGCCUGCAUCAUAGAGAUGUUAGAUAGCACAUCAACAGUGUGUAUACAAGCAGUACAUAGUAAGAAAAUAAAACUGGGUAAAGUAUCAAAAGAAAAGAGUGGAAAAAAAAAAGAAAAAAAACAAGUGCGCAGUUGGGGCCCGUUGGUGCACGGGUGGCAGCUCUUUGAACUGCAGGCAGAACAGCAACCGCUGCAAUGCCCUUCUAAAACGCUGGCUAUCCAGGCGAGACCAGAGGAACGUGUGUGUGUCUCAGUGUAAGUGUGGGUUCGCAUUACUCAGAAUCAGACC